CGGCCGGCACCCGGGUUCAGAGCGCGGUUUCCAGCUGGCGGCCGGACGUCGGCGCGGCCCGCGGCCGGUUUGCUGCCACGCCUGGGUCGCGGCGGGCGCGGAGCCGCAGCCAUGCUGUUCUGGCACACGCAACCCGAGCACUACAACCAGCACAGCUCCGGCAGCUACCUGCGGGACUUGACUAGUGCUCUUCAAAGGGAAAACGAUGUGCUCGCCCUGCCCAUCUUCAAGCAAGAGGAGCCACAGCUGUCCCCCGAGAGUGAGGCCCGCCUGCCGCCCCUGCAGUACGUGCUGUGUGCUGCCACGUCCCCGGCCGUGAAGCUGCACGAAGAGACCCUAACCUAUCUCAACCAAGGUCAGUCUUAUGAAAUCAGGCUGCUAGAGAAUCGGAAGCUGGGAGACUUUCAAGAUCUGAACACGAAAUAUGUCAAGAGCAUUAUCCGAGUGGUUUUCCACGACCGCCGGCUGCAGUACACGGAGCACCAGCAGCUGGAAGGAUGGCGGUGGAGCAGGCCCGGGGACCGGAUCCUGGACAUCGAUAUUCCACUGUCUGUUGGUAUCUUGGACCCCAGGGCCAGCCCGACCCAGCUGAACGCUGUCGAGUUUCUGUGGGAGCCUUCGAAGAGAGCCUCUGCAUUCAUUCAGGUGCACUGUAUCAGCACAGAAUUCACCCCGAGGAAGCACGGGGGUGAGAAGGGGGUGCCUUUCCGAGUGCAGAUUGACACAUUUAAGCAGAACGACAAUGGGGAAUACACAGAGCACUUGCACUCGGCCAGCUGCCAGAUCAAGGUGUUCAAGCCAAAGGGAGCUGACCGGAAACAGAAGACCGACCGGGAAAAGAUGGAGAAGAGAACUGCCCAAGAGAAGGAGAAGUACCAGCCGUCCUACGAGACCACCAUUCUCACAGAGUGCUCCCCGUGGCCCGACAUGGCCUAUCAGGUGAACAGCGCCCCGUCUCCCAGCUACAAUGGCUCUCCAAACAGCUUUGGCCUCGGCGAAGGGAACAGCUCUCCAACCCACCCAGUGGAGACCCUGCCCUUGGGCAAUGACCACCUGCUUCCAUCGGCCUCGAUCCAGGACGCCCAGCAGUGGCUGCACCGAAACAGAUUCUCACAGUUUUGCCGGCUCUUUGCCAGCUUCUCGGGUGCUGACUUGCUUAAGAUGUCUCGAGACGAUUUGGUCCAGAUCUGUGGCCCUGCCGAUGGGAUCCGGCUCUUUAAUGCCAUCAAAGGCCGGAAUGUGAGGCCGAAGAUGACCAUUUACGUCUGUCAGGAGCUGGAGCAGAACCGAGCGCCCCUGCAGCAGAAGCGGGAUGGCGGUGGGGACAGCAGUCUGUGUGUGUACCACGCCAUCUUCCUAGAGGAGCUGACCACCUUGGAGCUGGUUGAGAAGAUUGCCAACCUGUACAGCAUCUCCCCCCAGCACAUCCACCGAGUCUAUCGGCAGGGCCCCACCGGCAUCCACGUGGUGGUCAGCAACGAGAUGGUGCAGAAUUUCCAGGAUGAGUCUUGUUUUAUCCUCAGUACCUUGAAAGCUGAGAGCAAUGAUGGCUACCACGUCAUCCUGAAAUGUGGCCUCUGAGCGAAAGUCCAGCGUGUGAAGUACGGCCCCCACCCCACAGCCCAAUGGAUGUAGAAACCGCACCACUCUACGCCGCAGCCUCCCCUGGCGGGCUGUGGCUGGGAGGGACUUGGCCCAGUCCAGGAAGAUCACAGCCCACGAACCAGCAGAACCCUGUGGAUGCAGUCUCUGGUGUACAGAAACCCAGCGGCUCCUCUCUCCUUCCUCUUGGCCUCCAGCUUUUGAAUCUUCCUCGUUCUUUUCCCAGCCCUGCUAUCUUAAAGAGGCAAAUGGCAGGGCCAUCUUCUCUGAAACCCCUUGCUCCCUAGUUGGAGGCCAGUUCACUGAGUGUCUCGGUGCCUUCUGACCAUUCCCCUGCCUCCCGGGAAGGCUGUGCGUCCCCCCGACCUUCACCUUUUCUGGGAACCGGCUCCAUGACCAGGACUGCUGACUGGAUGUAGGUGGCUUGCCAGUGUUCUGUCUUCGUGUUGGUUCCCCUUCUCAGCGACCCUGUGAAAUGUGGGCAUCUGUCUUUCUGCCUCUUGGAUGGAUCGGUGGGAAGGGGACUUAUUCUGUGCCUUCUGCUGCUUUCACCUUGACUCCGUUUCUAAGGACCUGCUUUUGCAGUGCCCAGCGAUGGGCUCCUGUCUCUGCAUUGGUGAUAUAGACACCACGAUGCUUGUGUAGGACUGGCCACAUAGACCUAGGUCUGUGCCCUUGGAAGGAAGAAGGAGAGGAUAGAACAACUAUUUUUCAGGUACGUUCUCACGAGUAUGAAAGGGAUGAGAACAGAAUGAUAUUUUGCUUGAGCCCCUUUUAUGUAAUUUUAUGCCCUAAGCAAUCAUGGGUAAGGAAGAUUAGGAAAUGAGUAUUCGGCUAUGUGAUCAGAUGACCUUGAUGGUCAUGAUAGCAGGCCCUGUUGGAUGGACUUAACCAGGUCCCAUUUAAAGAAGACCUUGGCUGACGACUGCCAAACUUACCAAGUUUCCUAGGGUUCAUCUUUUCUGUGCGGCCCCAAUUUAAAUGUUUAUCUUUUUUCAUGCAUGGAGGGAGUGUUUAGGGCAUUUUGCCUGCAUUGGAGUGGUUGGAUCACGUUUCUUAGUGGCUUAAUUCUGGGGAACUCUGAUUAUCAGUAACCAGUAAACUCAGCAAUUAGGCUUUGUCUUGCGUCUGUUUCCCGGCACGCAGUGAUCUAUACUCUUCGCUAACUUAGGUUUAACUUUCAGAGCAUUGAGAAGCCCUAUGAUCAAUGGAGCAGGAUUUUACAACUUCUAAAGCAGAGCUUUAGGAGAUUAUAGCGCUGGGGUCAAAGAUGAUCUGAACUGGGUAGACCUUGCUUUCCAGUUGGGGAAAAUGAAACCUAGAGGGGCAGAGCCAUCUGCCUGAUAUCACACAGUGAUAGGGCGAUGAUAGAAACUCAUUAUAUAAAUCAAGACACUUCUCAGGGUGAAAGGGGCUCUCUAAGUAAGAGUUAUGUUGGGACCACAGGUGGUAUGGUGUUCCUACAGAGUAAAACAGGCUCCUGAUUCCUUUCCUGUUUUGCGGGAGGGGGCGGGAGCAGGUAACAGCUUUAUUGAGAUAUAAUUCACAUACAAUACAGUGUACCCAUUCAGAGCAUACCGCUCUAUGGUUCUUAGUAAAUUCACAGAGUCAGCACAUUCAAUUUUAGGACAUUUUUCUCACCCCCAAAAGAAACCCUGUUUCUUUUAGUGAUCACCCUCCCACUUUCCCCCCAGCUCCCCUUGUUUUAGGCAACCACAAGUCUCCUUUCCAUGUAGAUUUACUUAUUCUGGACAUUUCAUGGAUAUGGAAUUACAGUGAGUGGCCUUUUGUUACUGGCUUUUUUUUUUUUUUUUUUUCUCUCGCGUAAUGUUUUCUGGGGCAUCUGUGUUGAACAUGUAUUCAUACUUCAGUCAGUUCUAUAGUUGAGUAGUAUUUCAUUCUCUGGAUAGAUGUGUCACAGUUUGUUUAUCCAUUCGUUAGCCGAUUGAUACGCGAGUUUCUACUUUUCAGCUGUUUCGAAUGAUGCUGCUAUGAACAUAUUUGUACAGGUUUUUGCAUACAUAAUGUUUUCAUUUCAUUUGGGUAUAUACCUAGGAUGUAUACCCUGCAUACAUCUUUCGCCAGGGCGUAUACCCUGGCGUUGCUGGGUCCUACGGAACUCUAUGUUUAACUUUUUGAGAAACUUCCAGAUGGUUUUCCAAAGCAGUGGCACCAUUUUAGCCUCCCACCAGCAGUGUAGGAGGGCUCGUUUUUCAACAUCCUCACCAACACUUGCUGCUUUUUGAUUAGAACAUUCUCUAAUGGGUGUCAAGUGGUAUCUCACUGUGGUUUUGAUUUGCAUUUCCCCAGUGACUACUGACGUUGACCAUCUUUUCAUGUGCUUAUUGGCCAUUUCUAUGUCUUCUUUGGAGAAAUACCUGUUUAGAUCCUUUGCCCAUUUCUAUUUGGGUCACUGGUCUUUUUUUAUUGCUGAGUUGCAUCAGUUCUUUGUAUAUUCUAGAUACAGGUCCUUUGUCAGCUCUGUGAUCUGUAAAACUUUUCUCCCAUUCUGUGGAUUGUCUUCACCUUCUUACGAUGUCCUUCACAGCACAAAAGUUUUUAAUUUCGAUGGUGUCCAAGAUCCCCUACUUUUCCUUGCUUGUGCUUUUUGUGCCCUAUCUGAAAAACCAUGGUGUAAUCCAAGUUCAAGAAAAUUUGUGCCUAUGUUUCUUUUUAAGAAUUUUCAUAGUUUGAGCUCAGUAGUGGCCUUUGAUUCAUUUGAAGUUAAUUUCUGUACAUGGUGUGAGUAGAGGUCCAGCAUCACUCUUUUGCCUGUGGGCACCCAGUUGUUCCAGCACGAGUGGUUGACCUCCUCUCCCGUCCCCAGCCCAUGUCUGGCUCCACCAUUUUUAUAACGGGCUUUCUGUUCUCUGAGUGUCUCACCCUUACUCCCCCUUAACCUCAACAGGACAGGGUCAUAUUGUGCUCUGAUACUUGGUGGCCUUUCAUGGUGCAUGUUCUAACUCCACACAUUAGUCCUAGGGGAAAGUCAGGACCAGUCAUUUCCUUUUUUGAGGACAGUGAGCCACAAGGAAGUAGAAUAAUUUGCCCAAGGUCACAAGAGUCAGGACUAGACCUUUGGUCUUCUGACUUCCAGCCUUUCAAGGGGUCUGUCAGUCACUAGACCUAAGUGAUGCCACUCCCUAGGCCAAGCAAUGACAGUCUCGAUUUUAAUUAUUAAUUGUGGCAGACUCCUUUUUAUUUAGUUCCAAAUGGGGGUCUGAUAAAGAUCUGUUACCUUAAGUUUGCUGUUAGUGGAAUCUUCCAUUUUCUGGAACCCCCCACUACUGUCUGUGUUUGUUUGUUUUUAACCUUCUCCUUUUUUUAAAGAUUUUAUUUUUAAGUAAUCUCUACACCCAACGUGGGGCUCGAGCUCAUGACCCCGAGACCAAGGCCCCACCACCUGAGCCAUCCAGACGCCCCUUUCACCUUCUCCCUGUGGUUCUAGUGGAGUCUUGUAGCUUGCAAAGAAGUAGGAAAUAAAUACGCUUCUUAAUUUGGCACUAAAAUGUUUCAGCUGCUUGGUUUCGACAGCUUGUCCUCCUUCCUCAGAACUCAGAUGAGCUAGCUGUCCAUUUUAUUUUUUUCAUUUCAAAGCAGAGAAGCCAUAGCUUCCCACUCCUGUCCACUCUCUUUCCCAAGGGCUCUGAGGCCAGGACCUGGGCCUGGGGGGUGGGGCAGCCCCUCCCGGAACUGUACCCACUGGCCCCCCCCCACCCAUGAUUCUAGGCUGUGGCUUCUCCACGGCAGCAGCAGUUUUUAAAGAUGCCCCCCCCUGCGGAAGAGAGAGAGGAUCUCCUCAAGUGCUCAGUCCACCAUCUUGAACCAGAAGCUUCGAGUUGAGGUCCUUAUUCUCAGGCCAUCGCAUUUCUUUUUCCGUUUGCAGGGUUGUGAUCAACCUUUUCCUGUUUACCAGGUUGCACCUUUACCUUGACGUCACAGAGGGAGAACAAUAGGAUUCUCAGGGGAAAAGGGAUGGAUGGAAAGAGCAGGAUAGGGAAGGGAGCUUGAAGCCUGGGGCUUCGGGUCCUAAGCAAAGGCCAGACAGCGUCCCUGCAGACCUCCUGCCCGGGCAGCUUGUGGCCCCUUGGGAAGAGCUGUGAACGUAGAGGGGGGUUCACUGGGAGCACACUGGGGCUGGCCGAGCAGUGUGUCACAAGUUUCCAAGUCCAGCGUGGCUCCGGGGCCUGGCCUGAGUGACCUAAGCUCUGAAAAUCAUUAACGAGUUGAUGAGGAAAAUGGAAAACCUGUGCUGUUGUUGGUGGAGCAGAGGGAGUGAGCCUGGAGGCUCUAGGAAGGUGGAAGAGCAGAGCAUGAGGGGUGAGGGUGGCGGCAUGACAGUGCCCGUGGUGCAGGAGGAAGUGGAAGGCGCAGGGGGGCGGGAGCCAGGGCCCCCAGACCCUCGCUUGGCCUGAGUGUCUGCCUGUCUGGAGUCGUGGGCGGCUCCGUCGUGAGGUGAAUGUGAAGGGCGGCAGGGCUUUCCCUUUGUCCCCUACGUGAAGUCCUCGGCGGGCCAGUAACGGGUCGGGGCACGCAUCCUGGUCGCACAGGGCACCACCAGUGCUCCUGCUCAGGCCGCUGUGUGCGUGUCUUUUUUUUUUUUAUUAAAUUUUUUUUUUCAACGUUUAUUUAUUUUUGGGACAGAGAGAGACAGAGCAUGAACGGGGGAGGGGCAGAGAGAGAGGGAGACACAGAAUCGGAAGCAGGCUCCAGGCUCUGAGCCGUCAGCCCAGAGCCUGACGCGGGGCUCAAACUCACGGACCGCGAGAUCGUGACCUGGCAGAAGUCGGACGCUUAACCGACUGCGCCACCCAGGUGCCCCUGUGUGCGCCUCUUUAAGAAGGGUUCCCUGGCAGCCUGAGCCCAGACCUGUGUUGGCCAGCCCCACGUCUACACUACCGGUGUGCGCGCGUGUGUGUGUGCGCGCGUAUGCACACGCGCGCGUGUGCACACGCGGGUCCCUCUCCUCGCCCCUGUAUCUGGCCUGAGUGCAGCUCUGGAUAUUCUCAGCUCAGCUGGAUGUGGGGGUUGAUGCUCUUGCUUUUAGAUCCUGUGUGGCACCCUGGUUCGGACUCUGAUGGAACGGGUCAGGGGUAAAGUUGCCCUACUUGGGGGGAAUGCACACCCUAAGUCCACCUCUUCUGGGGAGGGGAGCAGUGCCGGCAGCUGACCUCUGACAAGGACCCCCGAAACAGGGCUCAUGGAGUCGGUCUGCCACACAGCUGCCUCACGGUCACAUGCUCUGUGUGAUACCAUCAGUCAGGCCGGCUGGGAGGAGAUGGUUGGACUCCCUUUACCCCCUGGGGGCAGGGCAGUGGGUCUGCGAGCAGCAAGGUGCUGGUCAGGCCCCACCCAGGGCACCCUGCGAGCUCCUUGAAGCCUCCUCUGAGCUCUCCAGACCUCUCUGCGAAGCCUUCUCUUGUACCAUCCUUCUCCCUCCUCCCGUGGGGGACAGCCAGUAGCUCUGAGUGGUGGCACCCCGGCCAGUGGCCCAGCGCUAGACCUGCCAUGCCCCUCCUGCUUUAGUGGCCGUCUAGGGGCAACGUCCCCGAGCAGCGGCUCUUGGAGAGGUGGGUUUGCUGCUCUGUGCAGGGCAGCUGACUCAUCUAGCCCUUUAUGGAAAAACUUUGCCAACCCACUGAGGAGGUCAAGCUUUCUGUUGCUUUCUGUCCCCACUGGAAAUCCCAUUAAGUAAGGACUCUCAGACAAUAGUAACAAUAAAAAGUACUUAACUUGUUUUGAGCUUUGAGGCAAGAGAUGUGUUUGGCCGAGCAGUGCUGGUCUCCCCUGCCUGUCGCUCCCUCACUUGUGAAGGGUUCACCCCAGCCGUCUGGGUUUUCCUUCCUCUUCCUGGCCGCUGGCCUGCUCCUGGAGACCUGGUGGGCCUUUGCACCCUGGGCACGUGCCAGGGCUUGGUGUCAGAGCGCCGUGUGUGUCGAAGGGUCCUUUGCUGGUAUUAACAGGUCGGCAAGCUGUGGAGGGCGGUGGCCUCCUGACUGAGGUCACUGGAGCUUUCCUAUCCUGGAGCUCACAGCCUGACCUUCACCUCCAACUGGCACCUUGAGGACCUCUUGGCUUCUCUGGGUCCCGCAAGUUUCUCCCUGAACGUUCUGCUCUUUUUUCAAACCGAGGGAACCGCUUGUGGGAGCCUCAGCUUGGUGACAGAGAGAGGCCACUGUCUGGCUCCGAGGAAGGGUUCUAUGGGCCUGGACUUCUGGUUCUGUCCCCAGGAGAAGCUAGAGUGCGGCCAACAGCUAACCUUAUGGGCUGAGUCCCCCAUGCUGGGGUCUGUCUUCCUGGGGGGUGACUCUGGUCUUUGUGGGCCCCUUGCUUCUCACUCCAGGUGCAGCGGCCAGACGCUGCAUUCAGCCUCCCGUUAGUAGCAAUGCCAACACAGUAGUGGCAGAUGCUGUCUGGUCUCUCCUGGGUCAGGUAUCGAGCUCACCACUCUUGUCAUUGUCCCUUUCCAUCCUUCCCACUCUGCUCUGAGGCUACUGUGACCCAGCUUUGCAGGUGAGGAAAUCAAGACAGAUCAGAUGCCGGCCCAGGGUCCUACAGCUACUGGUGGACUGAGCCAGGACGAGAAUCUGAGUCUGGGUCGCACAUCCACACCCCACGUUCUCACACGCCAGAUUUGGGGGGCUAGCUCCUUCCCCAGCGCUAGCUUUCAUCCUGAGACUGCAUCAUCGGGCUUGGUGCGUUCCGAACGGUGGGGAAACAUUUGUGGGGCUUGGUUGUUACAAGAGAAGGGGAUUGUUUUGUGUGCCCCCUCCCCCCCCUCCCAACCCUCCCCUUUUAUUACCUUUACGCUGGGUAAAAACUUGGUGUCUGUGUCCUCGAAUGUUCCUGUAUGUAAUGUGAUUCUUUCUUAAGAUGUAACUUCCCCAGCGUUCUCCAGAUCGGGUGACCCUUUCCCAAAGGUGGCGGGAGUCUAUUGGGGUGGCGUGGGCUUUGGAUGGGUCAAGUGGGUGUGAUGGGUCGUGGGGAGGUGGGCAUCGAGUCGGAAGUUGUCAUACUGCCACAUUGUUUUUUGUACCUGGAAUAAAGCAUAUUUUGCACUUGUUACUGAACCAUUGUGCAGAUGAGAAAUCUGCCUGUGGGAUCUGUGCUUGGGUCAGAAUGCAAAUAAAACUCAUUUGUAAGAAA